AGAAUGGAUGAUGAUGAAUACAAGUGUACUGCUACUUUAUCUUAUCAAUCAAAUCAUGCGCGUGAUGAAAAUGCAUUAACAAAAUAUACCUUUAAUGAUUUACAAGACUUACGUGGACGUGCUCUUUUAAUUGCCAAAAGUCCCGUUAGCACAAAGACAUCAGAUGAUGGUGGUAAAAGUAGCGAAAUCUCUGCUUUCCAUAUGAAUGAAUUUGUUAUUCAAGUUGAUAUGGCACAACAGAUAAUUAACAUGUCUUCGCAGCUUAUAGAGCUUGGCCAUUUUGACUACCGUGAUUUUAAAGUGUCGACAAACUCUACACAAGAAAGCACAGAAUUAUUACAAAGAUUGGCUGAACAUUUACAAGAAUGGAAAGGCAUAGUUAGUGAGGCACAACAUGAAUAUUAUUAUUUGACUUUCUUUCUAGCUAGACAAAUUUUGGCUUUUUAUGAUUAUUUCACGACAAAUAAUGAAACUAAUAAAGAUAAAUGUGCAAUGCUUUUGCGAUUGGUCAAUGACGAAGCAGAGUUACCACCUAUAGUAGACAAACAGAUUGACAGUACAGAUCAUCAUCUUGAUAUUCUUCGUGGAAUUGGGGAAAGGUUAAGUGAGAUAUUUAAUGAGGUUCCGGCGAAAAAACGCCCAAUAACGGCGGACGUUGAACAAAUAAUGUCCGAUGUGGUUCAUCCAGGACAACUAUUCGUCGCUGCAUGUACUGAUAAAUUUAGAGUACCCAAUAUUAUAAUGAGUUUAUAUGCUGUUAACUUAAAUAGAUGUUAUCCAGAAUCAUGGCAAUUACUAAUUUGUAAAGCAUCUACUACGGCAGAAGAGCUAUUAAUUUUCACUAAACGAUGUUUCUUUGCUGAAAAAAAUGGAUAUGGAGAUCAAUUGUUUUGUAUAGCCAAUGUAGAGAAUCUUGAUUUCGAAUUGCAAUAUCAAUUAGUAACACACAUACGUUCUCAUUCUCAACAAGAAAAGCAAUUUAACUUAGCUUUAAUAUGCUGUCGUGAACAUGGCCUGCAUCAUCAUAUACUUGAUCAAUUUUCAGAAUAUGUUCAUAUAACUAAUGGACUUAAUGCAAUUUCAAUGCGAAAUAUAUAUAAGGAAUUGUGCCCGAAUGUAUCCACUGUUUCUUCAGACUUAUCUGGACAAGGAAAGACCGAAUGGAUUAAAGAAUGUAGUUUUAGAAAGAGUCUAAUUCCACGAAGUAUUCUAAUAAGUGAUGGUGUCACUUUUGACAAACUUGUUAGAAAAUUAUCUGAAACUAAAAUCAAGGAUUUUGAAAGCUUGCAUCUUAAUAUUAUGCUGAUAGAUCAUCCUUACGAUGUGAAUAUGUUCUUAUUUGAACUGUUGACGUUUAGAGUGGUAUCAAAUGGAAUUAAUAUUGCAUUUAUCCCAUCAACAACAUUAGUAUUUAUAGAAGUUGCCUCCACCAUGAAUCAGUAUCUGUUAGAUUCAUUACCAAUUACUGGGUAUCUUGCAAAAGAACAUUUAACUUGGAACAUUAAAAACCUCGCAAUUUCUUACAAUUAUAAUAGUCCAAUUCAAAUAGUUGCAAAAUACUUGGAUGCAUAUGAUCAAGAUAUAAUCAAUCAAGAAAAUAUUGAUUUUAUCAUACCUGAGGAUGGUGAGAUGCCACCAAUAUCACAAAACCAUUGUCAAGAACUUUUUCAAAGAUAUUUUUUCAGGAUACAUACCCAAGAUGUUACUUCAUACCGUUUCCUUGAAAUAUUUAUUAAUGUUCUUGCAGAUCAACUAGUAAGAUUAUCAUCAAGUACAUUUUUCCGCGUAGAAACAUUACGUGAGAUGGUAGAAGAUAAAAGUAUUAGAAAAACUUUACUAGAAACAUUAUUAGAUGUUUCAAUUGAUUUUGCAACUCGUUCUGUAGAAUCUAAAGCAGAGCAAUUAAAACAUUUACCAGAUGCAGAAAAAGCAAAUUUGGGCACAAUCAAACAAUGGGAAGAUUCGAAUCAUUUAUUAGUAUUUUUCAUGUCACAAACACCUGAUUCUAUUUGUGCUCUUUAUCGUGACAAAGAAAAGGUGCCAGAUGAUGUGGUAAACUUGUUAAAAAGUCAAUAUGUUGGGAUUGGAAAUCAGGCCAAAGGGAAAGCAAUAGAUAUACUCGAUAAUUUUGAUGAGAUGCAUCCAGAUGAAAUUCUGAAAAAAUUAGAAUGUUUAGCACGUACAACCCUUGAUAAACGCGAAUAUCCACCUUACGCACUCUCUACUGACAACCUUUUAAAAAUGGCGUUGAUUCUUUUGCGAGCUCGUGCCAACGUUCCUGUAGUAUGUUGUGGUGAGGCUGGAUGUGGAAAGACAAGUUUGAUUCAAUUUUUAUCGAUUGUCGUGAACGUUGAAUUUAGAGCUCUUAACUUGCACGCUGGUGUUAGAGAACAAGAAAUACUAGAUUUUAUGUCUGAAGCAGAAAAAAUUGCCGAAACUGGCCAAGUCUGGUUAUUUUUUGAUGAAAUUAAUACUUGCAAUCAUAUCGGAUUGCUUGCCGAUCUAAUAGCACAUAGACAAAUUCAUGGUCAAACAAUUCAUCCUAAUAUAAGGCUUUUUUCUGCAUGUAAUCCAUAUCGUUUACGACAAAAAGGUGAUACACAAGCAGGCCUUUCGGCAAAAAGAUAUGAAGAACAAAGUAAAUUAGCCUACCAAGUUCAUCCACUUCCUGAUCAAAUUAUAGACUAUGUUUGGGAUUAUGGUGUAUUAAAACCAUCCGAUGAAAAAAUUUAUAUCUAUAUAAUGGUUAAUAGGCAUUUAGAAAAACAAUCAAAUUUAUUCCCUGAAUUAUUAGCUGCUUCACAACAAUUUACACGAGAUCAUGAAGGAGUACAUAGCGUUAGUUUACGUGAUGUUAAACGUGCUAUAAUUCUUGUUAAAUACUUUUUAAACAGCUUAAAAAAUCGACCACGACCUCAAAACCAAAGAUACCAGGAUUACCCUUCAAGACAUGGACCGGAACCUAUGGUUCUGUCGUUUAUAUUAGCAUUAAGUCUUUGUUAUCAAGUUCGAAUUUAUGAUCAAGAAUUGCGUGCACAAUACUGUAAAAGAAUGUGUGAAGUGUUUAAUAGGUUUAAACCAAGAUCGAUCAAAACAGAUAUGACACCAGUGCUUUUUAAGAAAAUUAUUAGAGAGGAGCAAGAAAAUUAUAUGACUAGAAUGACAAAACCGCCACAAACUGCAGAAAACGAAGCUCUGCUUGAAAACGUGCUUACAAUGAUUGUUUCAAUAUUUACAAAGAUACCACUAUUUGUUGUUGGAGCACCAGGAGCAUCAAAAUCUCUAGCAAUUCGUUUGGUUAGUCAGAAUCUUCGUGGUGCCGAUUCUGAUGAUCCAUAUUUCAAAACAUUACCACAAAUUUAUGUUAUUCCCUACCAAGGUUCCUCAUCAUCUACUUCAGAUGGAAUAAUAAAAGUUUUCCAAAAAGCAGAAAACUAUCAAAAAACUAAUUCAAAAGAUUUCCCUUUAAAUACUGUUGUUUUGCUUGAUGAAGUUGGGUUGGCUGAAACCAGUCCCUAUAAUCCGUUGAAGGUUUUACAUUCUUUACUUGAACCAAGUUAUCCUCAUGAGCUCCCAAAUGUUUCUGUUAUUGGUAUAAGUAAUUGGAGGUUAGAUAAUUCUAAAUCAAGUAGAGCUUUAUUAAUUCAAAGACCUAAAUUUGAAGAAAAAGAUUUAAUUGAUACGGCAGAGAGAUUAUUUGAAAAGAAAAAAUGGCUAGUCUGGGAUAAUAGAACAACUAAGCUUAAAUCUUUGGCAAGUUCUUAUUUAAGAUAUGAAAAAAAUCAAUCAAUUGAGAAUUUCCAUGGACUUCGUGAUUAUUAUUCCCUAAUUAAAAGUCUUAGCGAUGGAGAGCCUACAAUAGAAUCAACACAAAUGGCACUGGCAAGAAAUUUUGGAGGAAUAAAACAAAUGAAUAACCAAUAUUUAACGCAUUUUAAAGACGUUAUAGAUACUUUCCAUGGAUCAAUAUUAUUCCAUAAUAUAACGAACAACCUAAAACCAAUAUCUGUUGAGGAACUAAUAAAGGCAAAUCUUAAAGACAAAGAUGCAAGGCAUUUAAUGAUUAUUGGGAAAAGUGAUUCUAUCGUUAAUAUCUUGACAUAUAAAUUGAGACAAUGGAGUAAGGAGUUCUCAAAGAUAAAAGAUAAUACAGUUCAAGAGACUACAACUUGGGAUUUAGAACCUGUAGUUAUUUAUGGAAGUCAAUUUCCUGAUGAUUUUGAUGGAGAUUAUCAAUAUGGUGUAUUAAGUCGCAUUAUGAUGUGUGUGGAAGCCGGAAGACCUUUAAUUUUAACGGAUCUUGAAAUUAUAUAUGGAAGUCUUUAUGAUUUAUGGAAUCAGAAUUACAUAACUGUUGGUAAAGAAGGUGAUAUAAAAUAUUACACACGCGUUGCGUUGGGUGCCUAUUCAAAUCCUAUGGUUUGUGUCCAUAAUAACUUCCGCUGUAUCUUGGUGCUUGAUGAGAAAAAAGUAUCACUUGCAGAUCCUCCGCUCUUAAAUCGAUUUGAAAAACAAAAUAUGUCAAUUAAUGAUACUUUAACUGAUGACAUGAAAGUAUUAGUAAAGGAACUUUCUAUAUGGGUUGAACAAAUAUCGAGUAUUAACGCAGAAGAUGGUAUGCCUAAAUCUAGAUUUAAUGAGCAUGACAUGUUUGUUGGAUUUGACGAUGAAGAAACAUUGCAGAGCUUGGUUAUUUACAAUAGCGGUAAUUCUGACUCAGAAAAUAAAGAAAGCAUUUUGUCUAAGUGUAAAGAAUUGUUAGUAGGCAUUGCAACGUCAGAUGGUAUUGUAAGAUCAAAGAAAUCUAUUUUGGCACAUACAAAUAGUGGAGAAGUUCAAAAAUGGUAUAAUUUUUACUUCCAUCAAAAACACGAUGACCUUAACACAUAUAUUCAAUCAUUGCUAGAAAAUUACGAUAAGACUGAAAGUAGUGACGAUAUUGAAAAUGCUGAAAAUAAAAAGCAAGGCUUCCAAAUUAUAAUUAACACAUUUUCCAAUAUCAAUACUGAUAUUACUUCAUGUCUAGGCAAUAUUGCCUGCCAGAUUGACAAGAUUUCAACAUUCAAAUCUGAAGCCCAACUACAAAAUAGAAUCAAACAUUUCUGGCUAGAGUCGGAUAAUGAAAUAUUAAUUCUACAGUGUGACCUAGCAACUGUUAAUUCUGGAUGCAUUAAACUUGCAAAAUUCAUUAUUGAACAAUAUAAACAUGAAUUUUUAUCUUUAAAUAAAACAUCAGAAAAUCCAAAACCGUUUAAACAUGUCUGUAUCAUUCUUCACAUGCGACGGGAAAACGAUGCACCUACUAUAUCAUCAUUCAAUUUCAUGUGUGGUUGGGAUUUAAUUACAAUCGAAACAUUGUCUCCUCAACAACAUCCUCUACACGUUUAUUUGGAUGGAAGCUUAAUUGAUAUGCUUGAGACCACAUAUAAAUUCGAAGAAAUUAUUAAUCAAGAAUUAUUUUGGUGCUUGCUUUGCAUGCGAUUUCAGUCUUCCUCCGAAUCUGUGGAUUAUAUAAAGUUGCUUUUCCAAAAAAUUCCACAUCACAAGACACUAAUUGAUUGUAUAAAAAUCCGAUCACUUGAAUGGCUACAUAACAAUGUGCCCGAAAGUUGGCAGUUGCAAAUUGCAAUGAAUAAAACGAAUCUAUACUUAUAUUCAUCAUUUUCAGUCGCUCUUAAAACAUAUAUCAAUAAUCUUGUUCGAAAACCAAUUGCUAAAUUUCUAUGUGCUUUAGAAAUGGCAUCAGGUCUUUCAGUGCUUUUCAACAAUAAAUAUAUGGAUUGUGAUGAUUUAUACGAUGAUGAAUAUUAUUCGGAUAAAACUGCUUUACUCGAGUUCUGGAAAAAUGGUUGUAUGGAUCCUAAAAUUAUUAAUACAGAGAAUAUGCGGGAACCGCAGCCAGAUGUAUACCCUGUAAGAAAUAAAAAGCUUUAUGUGAAGUUUCCAUUUUCAAUAUACUUUAUGAGGCAGAUUGAUAAAUUCAAGAGAUUAUAUGAAGAAGAUUUAGCAAUGUUGGAAGAAGAUGAAGAAAAUAUAGAUACAGAAACAGGAGAACUCGAAACUUCUGUUAUUGAUGCUUGUACAGAAAGAUUUUCUUCAAACAUUAUAUCUGCAAUUCCAAUAUUAAAAUUGCCACAAUUUUUUGAAAUAGCAGAACCGUAUUUCGAAGAUUUUGUGGAUUUUGUCUCACCAAUAUAUGGAAAUAAUCCUAAUAAUAACUGUGUAUUUUUAUCAUGGAUUAUUUCUCAUCAUAUGGGUCAAAAAAUACCAAAUCCUAUUAAACUUCAUAUGUAUUGGUGGAAAAAUGCCGAAUUUGCACUAGCUGAAUUACAACUGUCACUGUUGUGUCCGAUAGUCAUAGAGGAAAUGCUUGACUUAGGAUUUGAUGAAAGCAGAGAAUUGAAUUUUGAAGAACACUUAUUAGACCAAAUUUCAAAGAUGAUGAUAGGAAAACUUUAUAAAAUUGAUAUGAACAAUGUUAAAAAUGAACUUUUAGCUUGGCAACAUGAUGUUGUAAAUAUAAUAUCAUUAUCGACAAAAUUGCCAAAUUCCUUUGAUAGUCCAGCAAUGCAUAGACUUCGAAUAUAUAAUGAUCUUUCAAAAUCUUUUGAUUUGCCUCAGCUUUUAGAACUUCAAGAACUUGAAGACGAAAAUAAU